AGUAGCCAAUGGAAAUAAUGGUGAGUAGGAGAGAAGGUGUGGAAGACGGAGUCUGGGAUUAUUCUAAGCUCUCGAGGUGGCGAGGCGCGAUGCGAGUCGGUGGGGGUGACGGAUGUUGCCGAAUUUGAGACGGAAGCUUAUUGGGGAUCAGCUGACGUUAGUAGGGGCUGGCUGGGAAAGGGAGGAGUAUGCCUGUCGUGCGGGGGGAGGAUGGCAUUGACACUGAGAUUCUGAAUGGGACGGCUGAGCUGCGACUGAGCGAGGACGUAUUUGUACUUGGCCAGUCCGCGGAUUCUUGUCGCCCUCCUUUUCAGCCUCUCGACUGCCCCGAUUGGUCUCUCCCCUCUCUCCCUCCCAAAUGCCCGACGAACACCAAGGCCAGUCGCCUACUAGGCCAAAGCAGCACCACCAGCACCAUCACAGACAACAGCAACAACAUCAGCAGCAACAGCAACACCAGCACGUUGUCCACCCUUCUUCCUCCGUGUCGACCGCGCAGUCCGCAACAUCUUCCACUAGCGCCACAAACAAUCCAACCACUGGCCAGGUCAGGUCCCGCACCUCCCCGCCCGCUUCCUCGGACCAGGACCAACGCCCGCCCACAAAGCGCGCUCGCAAGGCCAUUAACUGCGAACCGUGUAGAAACAGCAAGCUUAAAUGUGACAGAAAUCGUCCGUGUUCGAGCUGUGUUCUCCGAGGCACUAUUGCGCUGUGUUACCAAGACGCUAGAGGUCAUGAGUCUGACAUGCAGCUCCGCGGAGAUGACGGAAAUGCCAGCCGGGUCGACCCAAUCCAAGAGAUAAAUCGUCUCCGUCACUCGGUCUCUCUGCUCGAAACGUACAUCCUCGCCAACUCCCGCCCUGGCUCCAUCUUACAUAAUCCUCUCAAACGUCCCCUCGACACACCUUCGGUCGUUACCCUUCCGGUCAUCAAGAAAGAACCGGAUGAGAAGGAAAAUGCCCCUGGUUCUCUCGGCAGCCAAGGUCCCGGCGGUUUCUACACGGGCGCCACUAGUGCUGCAACCCAUCUUACCCUCACCGAUUCUCGCCAAUCAGAUGGCACUCCUGAUCCACCUCAACCAGACUCAGUCGAUGAUCUGCCUGCUCCUACUGGGUGGGACCAAGAUUUAUACACCACAUUCCCACACCCGAACAUCACUGACCAACUCAUCUCCUACUACUUUGAGUAUUGCAACUGGAUAUACAGGCAUGUCAACCAGACAUCGUUUUUUCAAGCAUGGAAUCGUUAUAGGAAUGGAACAACUGAUCGCCUUGCAAUAGCCACUGGAUUCCUCAUUCUCGCUGUUGCAGUCCACUAUCUUCCUCCUGAUCAUCAUCUCCUUGCCAGCAUAACCCGCACGCCUGGCGAAGACCUGGGACGGAAGUAUUACGAUGCCAUGAAGGUUGCCUUAGAACGACAUAGGGCAGAAAACAAGACCUACAGUCUGGAUCUCGUCGAGUGCUUACUCAUUCGGUGUCACUUCCUCACGCUGAGCAAGACGGACAGUGAAGAGAUCUGGUCCGUGCGGGGUGAGUUGGUCAGCAUAGGCAUGGCUAUGGGUCUGCACCGAGACCCGAAGAAAUGGCGAAUGUCCAUUGACUUAGCAGAGCGAAGGCGUUGGGCCUGGUGGCAUAUUGUCUUACUCGAGCGCUGGCAAGCAUUCAUGUUUGGGCGCCCGAUCUCGUUCGCGUCACAUCAUUUUGAUACCCACCUUCCUGCGCUCUCUGAUCCAACAAAUCCAUCGGAACCUCGCCUUUAUUCCCCUAAUCAUGCAUUGUUCCGAUUGGCUUAUAUUCUCGGCGACAUCAUGGACAAUGCUGUGUCCCUACGCGAAAUCUCUUACGAGAACGUACUAGAGAAUGACCGUGCGUUGACCCAGUGGUUGGAAGAGCUUCCACAUGAACUCGAUCUUGACGAGUAUCGCAUCGCCCGAAGCCUUGCGUCCUCGCACACUGCUACCAGGAGAAUUGGCGUCCAAAGUGUCAUCAUACGGACGAGUUACUAUCACAUCCGCUUCACCUUGCAUAGGCCAUAUGCCUCCUCCGUUCCAACGCGACCUUUGAAAGGAAAGGACAAGGACGCGGCCAAAGAGGCAGACACUGCGAAAGCGGAGCGUCAUGCCAAAUCGCUUGAAAUUGCCGUGGGGGCCGCAGAUAAACUCAUCGCGCUCGUUGGGCACGCGCGACCCGACUUCCUUGCUAACGCCUCGCUCGCGGUUCCAGGCCACAUGAACUGGGGCCCCUUCCACGUCUUCAGCGCAGCCAUGUUUUUCUCGUUCCAACUCAUCUCUAGUCCUGAGCAGCCGGGCGCUACACUAUUUCGCGCAAACAUCCAGAAGGCUGUAGAGACUCUGGAGUUAAGCAUCGGAACCCCUGUUGCUGAUAAGGCGCUGGCAAUUCUCAAAGAACUAUCGCCACUAUACAAUCCGGACUUCGCGAAAGAACCUCCACAGCAGCAAGAGAAGCACAAGGCGGCGGUUCUGAGCAUGGUCAAGACCCUGGCUUUUCCAUACCAUGAUAACCCAAGGUUCCCGCGCGUGCACUCAAUGGACUCACCAGCUGGCCCCUAUGCAACGAGCUCACCAGGCACCGGUAAUUCUGGGAGUCCUCAAGGAGUAUCGGGGCCGCUCGGCGUCGAUCAUCACUCCGCGCAAUAUCCUUUACGAGGUACCGCAGGGAUGGUACAGUCAGCCUCCUAUUCCGCGACUCAGUAUGGAUCUGUGUCGACGCACCUGCCCACUUCGCAAUCCAUGCCAUCUUCCGCGUCAGCGUCCUCAGCUACUUACACGGCAUCGCACAGCCAACAGUCGGGAAUUUACCAGGAUGCAGGACGGCAGUACGCGGAGCCGCUGCGGCAAAGCUACAGCGAGGUCCCCACUCCCGGAUCCAGCUCAUACGCUGACUCAGUGCGGAAUCCAUACCCGGCGUCGGAUCAGUCCAGCUACAUGGACCCGGGGCGGUAUAGUUCUGUCGGCCCGCCCUCCACGCGGAUGAGCUAUGACGGAAACUACAGAAAUCAAUAUAUGUUCCCUCCCGCUGCCGAAGUUGAUACGAUGUGGGGGCCCUCUGUCAGUGCUUCGGAGUGGACACAGCUGAUGGAGUUCCCAACGGGGCGGCAUGGAGAGCGUCCCGCCCAGUGAAAGCGAAGAUGGUACUUUUUUUGUGAUCGCACUUUCCCGAAUUCUGCAAUGGCUACGUCUCAUCAAUUAUCGGCUGAUUAUCUUGCAUGAUACCCGUUUGCUAAAGUUUUGGCAUAACCAUCGAGGGUAGGGUAGUAGGCUUUAACAUAUUGAAGCUUGGAAACUCGCCCCUCUAUUUACCCCCUCCACCGCACUGUCGCAUUACACAUUAUUGUGCUAGGUUUGCUGUCGAGUUAUUUUCUUGCAAUUGUAUUUAACGCAUGUUGUAUCGUUAUCGGUUACUUUACGCAGACGCAUUUGUUAUCUUGGUCCAAUCGCAACAUUGUUGAA